GCUCCGUGCUCCGUGCGAGGAGCGAUUUCCACGAUCAUAGAGAACAAAGCGACGACAACAACCAUAAACAACAACAACCACAAACAACAACGACGACAAGGCGAGAGAAAGUAUUACAACUUUCAGCGCGGUUUAUUGAACGCGCAGCAAAAGCAGCAGCAUCAGCCAGAGCGAUAGACAUCAUCAGAAGCAGCAUCAGCAGCAGUAUCAUCAGCAGCACUUUGCCGGCGCGGUGUUUAUGCAGCAGAGUUCUCAGGAUGAUGCGCCCGGCACCAGGACAGAACUACCCCCGAAGCGGCUUCCCGCUGGAAGUGUCGACCCCUCUGGGCCAGGGUCGCGUGAACCAGCUGGGGGGAGUGUUCAUCAACGGGCGCCCCUUGCCCAACCACAUCCGGCACAAGAUCGUGGAGUUGGCGCACCACGGCGUGAGGCCCUGCGUCAUCUCCCGCCAGCUCCGCGUCUCGCACGGCUGCGUCUCCAAGAUCCUGUGCCGAUACCAGGAGACCGGAUCCAUCCGGCCCGGGGCCAUCGGAGGCAGCAAGCCCCGGCAGGUGGCGAGCACCGACGUGGAGCGAAAGAUCGAGGAGUACAAGCGCGAGAACCCGGGUAUGUUCAGCUGGGAGAUCCGGGACCGGCUGCUGAAGGACGGCGUGUGUGACCGCGCCUCGGUGCCCUCGGUGAGCUCCAUCAGCCGCAUCUUGCGCGCCAAGUUCGGCAAACGCGACGACGAGGAGGAGGAGGAGGAGGGCGCCGAGAAGAAGGACUUCGGCGACGACGGCGACAAGAAGGCGAAGCACAGCAUCGACGGCAUCCUGGGAGACAAAGCAGGCAGCACGGUGGAGGACAGCUCGGACGUGGACUCCGAGCCGGACCUGCCGCUGAAGCGCAAGCAGCGCCGCUCACGCACCACCUUCACGGCAGAGCAGUUGGAGGAGCUGGAGAAGGCGUUUGAGCGCACGCACUACCCGGACAUUUACACGCGCGAGGAGCUCGCCCAGCGCACCAAGCUCACGGAGGCGCGCGUGCAGGUCUGGUUCAGCAACCGGCGCGCCCGCUGGAGGAAGCAGGCCGGGGCCAACCAACUGGCGGCGUUCAACCACCUCAUACCGGGCGGCUUCCCCCCGGCCAGCAUGCCGGGCCUGCCGCCGUACCAGCUGCCUGAGGGGCCCUACCCGGGCUCCGGCAUCCCGCAAGUGGACACAGGCACGACGGUACACAGACCGCAGCCCCUGCCGCCCUCCUCCAUGCACCAGGGCGGCGGCCUGGCCGGCGGGGACGGCGCCGGAGCCUACGGCCUCUCCUCGAACCGCUCCGGCUUCUACUCGGACAGCUUCAUGUCGGCCGCGUCAGCGCCGUCCAACCACAUGGCGCCCAUGGCCAACGGCCUCUCCCCGCAGAUGAUGGGAAUCCUGGGCAACCCGUCGGCCAUGCCCCCGCAGCACGGGCAGGAGUACUCGCUGUCCCCGCUGCCCUCCUCCGGCCUCGUCGACCACUCCUCGGGCCUCUCCGCCAGCUGCAGCCAGCGCGGCGGCGGCGACGGCAUGAAGCACGAUGGCAGCGGCCUGCCGCCCUCCCAGGCCUACUGCCCCGCCACCUACGCCGCCGCCGGAUACGGCCUCGAACCCAUGCCCGCCGCCUACCAGUACAGCCAGUACGGACAGACUGCCGCUGACUACUUGGCCAAGAACGUGGGCCUGGGCAGCCAGAGGCGGCUCAAGCUCGGCGAGCACUCGGCCGUGCUGGGGCUGCUGCAGGUGGCGGAGACGGGGCAGGCCUACUAGACGGGGCCAUGCGCUGCCACCCCCCGCCGGCACCUCGUCCGCCCCGACCCGCUCCUCCUCGCUCCCUCGCUCGCUCGUUCGCUCGCUCGCCCGGCCCCCGCACGCCUCCGUGCCGCUCGCCCGUAACUCGUCCGCCGGAGAGCCGCGCGCAAGGACGCCGCUCCGGGCUGCUCCCUCCGAGUUCCUCGGUUCUUUUCGUCGUCGGUGUUUUUAAUUCGUCCAUUCCUGCCGUGUCACCGGGCAACGUUUAGCAGAGGCGCCGGCGCGGGCCGCCCUCCCCGAAGCUCCCGAGUGACGACCUCGUCUCGGCGGCGCACAGGUGCCCAUUCCAGUUCGCAAGCCGUGUGCAUUUUUGAAAAAUUCAGACAUUCCCAGCCACGGCGUCUCCUCACUCCAGUGAGCGUGGGGCAGUGUGCUCUUCUCUGCCGAUGGCUUUGAGCCGUUGGUGGAAAUUCCACAUUCCCGGGGCAGGUCCCGGUCUAUCGAAAUGGUGACCAAUUAUUCACUUCCCACAAAAUCAAUGCAGAACGUAACGCAGCUUCUUUACCCCCGAGCAGUCCCCGGAAACUGCCGGACCAAACGUGGGCGACCGACGCCGGGCGCUGCGAACCUCUCCCCCCGCGGCGCUCGGUCGACCACACGCCACCCCGGGGGAACUCGGCGACGCGCCUGUUGGCGUAGAGAACCCACAGGUCCCACCCUGCCACUACCACCUGUGAUGAUGAUGAUGAUGGCGAUGGUGUUGGCUCGUUGGACAAAUAAUGACAGGGACAGCCGACGCUCCGUGCCGAGAGGGCGAGAUGCUAUCCGUGUUACCGAAUAGCAAAAGAAAAACAGAAGCAAACAUUUACGAAAAUAAAUAAAUUUAAACAAAAAGUUGCUCGAUAUGAUGGCUCAACGCAGUUGGAGAUUUGCAUCAACAGUUUGAGAAUGAAAGAGGGCCUUGAGAAGAAAUGUUUUUUAGACGAACAUAGCUGAAGGCGCCACCGCGUGAAUCGGCGUGAAAUAGUCGCCGAGGCGGCUGCACCGCGUCGCCAGAGGAGGAGCCUCAUCAGAAUAAUUCCCAUUACACACCUCCUCUUAUCGCUUCUGCGCCAUCGGGCGGGCGGGCACACGCCACGUCUGAAAUACUGAACGCCUGUCGAGCGAGCGUCGCCUGGAAAUGGAACUUUCGGCGAGCGGCCACAGACCGCCUUCGCCGCGUCGCGGCCGGCCGGCCUGCAGUCGGCGCUCACGGCGUGCGCCGCCUCUCCCGCGGACCAAGCCCUGGACUACUAACUUCUCAGCCAGCCUCGUCGCACGCCGGCCAAUUUGGUUGAGAGUUGUUCUUCCGCUCGCGUCGCUAAACGCUUGCGCGCACGUGCCGAUGUCAUGUGUUUGGCCGUGUCGGGUGGCGGAGGGCCUUUUGACACGAAUUUGUGCAAACAUUUAUUCUGUAUUGGCUGCAACAACAAACAAAUUACCCUUGCUUAAACGCGUAAAAAGGUUCAACGCGGCGUUACCGGCGCCACAUGUCGGUACUAAUCAGUUUCCUGCCGCCCGACGCACGGUGCCAAUCCGCGGGUUGUCCGUGUCGAGCCUGGAUGGGUGGCGGACCGAGCUUACGCCCUCCCCGCAGCGUCCACGAUCUUCUCACUGCCGGUUCCCUUUCCCGAUCGCCGACCAAAUUGGGGUGUCGUUUGGGAGCGAGCUUGGGGGUUUUUAUUCUGGCCACGAUUCUGACCGCGCCACACAGCGGGCAGGUUUCGCUCACCGGGAGAGAGCGGUGGGCACGUCGUUACCUCGUUAACCCUAACGAGGUAACGAAAUAACGACGAGCGGGCGGCCCGGCUGUCGGAAUGCGUGGAGGUGGGAGAGAGAGAGACGCUCCUGGAACCGGGCGCUCCGCUCUGCAUCGCCCGGCGGGGUGUAAGACGUGGAGCUGUUCAGCUUUUUCAUUCCAUUUACCGAGCGUCCAAUAUUUUAUACGCUGUGUGUGUGUACGUGUGAGCACGCGUGUAUAUACACAGUGCGUAUAUAUGUAUGUGUAUGUACAUAUGUAUACAGCAUAUGCGUACGUGUGUACAUGUGCGUCUGUGUACGGUAUAUCUAUACACGCGCGCAUAGCCAAGGUGCCAAUGUGGUAUGUUUUGAACGUAUAAACAUUGGUGGUGGAACAACAACAAAAAACGUCGUUUGAGAAAAUCACAAAAAAAAAUCAUCCGAAUUUUUCUCCUCGGACGGCCGCCUGCGGUGGCGUGGCCCCGAGUGGACCAACAUCGCCACCGCCACUGUCGUGGGGCAUCCCAGGGAGUUGCUCUCCACCCCGUGGAGAUUCGCGCUCUUCCAUUCUGGAGUGGGGGAGGGCGGAGGCCAGCGUGGUCCGGGUCUGGUUCACUGACUCAUCUCGUGUUGUUGUGUGCUCGGGUUCAGAGGCAUUUAACGGAACGAGAUCCAAAAUGACUUCUGCCUCGGUGAAUGGGGGAGCGUGUUGUUUUUGUUUGUUAGCGUUUGUAUGUGCACAAAGACAAAGAUCUCGCGUAUAGACUUAGCAGACUGUUGGGGCAAUUGCUAACUUUUGAAGGCUGGCACGGUACACAAAGGGGUGGUUGGCCAAUUGUCUCCAUUCGUGGCGACGUUUACACACCGCACCAGGUACUCAUUUGAGGCCGAGUCGACCUAGGGGAGGUCCAGGACCGGUUCAGAUAAUCGUCACUGGUGUUGUCCGUGAACGGGAACCCAUCCCCUCGUGUGCCGUGCCCGCAUUCAUAAGCGCUGCUCGCUAACAGCACUUGCCCCGACAGUUUACUGAGGCCACACGGGGGAUCUUGUCUGUGUCUGUACGUACACGCGUGCGCGUUCCUCUGUUGGAAGUCGCCGCGAAGCUGCCCCCACUUCGCCAGCCUCGCGUCUCGGAGCGGCGACAUCCCUCCUCCCUCGUGGCACCCACCGCCUCUUGUGAGAUAUAUAAAUAAUAAAGACAACAUCGCUGGUUCUAAUUCCUUACGGAACCUUGGGAGUUCCGCUGUCGAAACCGCAGCGAGACAACGUGAACCUGUAUUUCCAUUUGUUACAAAAUUAUUACCAAUUUUGGAUGAUGAUAUUAUUAUUGUAAAAGUUCCUUUGAUGCGGCUAGCAACAGCUUUUAGAAUGUAUAGAGGCGUUACUUUGCAAAUGUACAACAAUGUUGUUGUCCCGUGGGACUUGGUGGUGUGUCCACACGCUGCGCACAGGAGGAGCGAGGUGGGUGAAUUCCCCCAUCCGAACUCUGCCGCAGUCCCGCGUGCGGUAGCGAGACACACGGCCCGUGACGUCUCCGAUGUCCCGCCUGCGCGUGCGUGUGUGUGUGUGCGUGUGUGUGUGUGCGCGUGUGUGUGCGCGUGCGUGUGCGUGCGUGUGUGUGUGCGUGUGUG